GAGCAAAGCCCUCAGUUGAAACUCUAAGGCUCUGGGAAGGAAAUCAUUCUUGUGACUGUGACGCACUCUCUCCAGUCCCCAUAUGCUGAGAUUAUGCUUCUUCAUCAGCUUGAUGUGCUUGGUGAGAUCAGGUUCCUUCAAUUUAGAACAUUUUUCCAGCCUUUGAGAUUUAUGACAUUGACCUUUUUAAAGAAAUAGAAUAUUCCUCAUUUUGUGUUUGUCUGAUUUUUCCUCAUGGUUAGUUUCGGGUUACGCAUUCCCCACCAAAAUACUGCAUAGGUGAUGUUGUGUCCUUCUCAGUGCAUUUUAGCUAGAGGCACAUGCUGUCCAUCUACCCCUCACUGGUAGUGUUCAUUUGGACAAUCUAGUCAAGGUGUUGUUCCGUUUUUCCACCAUAUAUUACUACUUUGUCCCUAAUCACUCAUAAGCAAUCUGUGGGAGACAUUUUAAGAGAACACAUACAUGCGCCUCCUCAGAACCCACCGCCACUCAGCUCAGCACCCAUUGAUGAUUCUUGCCUAACCAGUCCUUGUUUUGACGAUUGCAAAAUGAUUGGUAGCAGCUCCAGCAUUCACUCCACAUCUACCAGUCGGCAUUCAGCCUUAUACUGGAAACACAGAUGAAACAUGUCCUUCAUUCACCCGACUGAGCUUCCACAGUGCAGUGGUUGGUACGGGACUCCAGGUAAAGUUGAUGCUCUACACAAGGAGAGACCCGACCUGCGCACAAGUCAUCAACUCCACAGCUUUGGGGAACUUGAAUGUGACCAAGAGAACCACCUUCAUUAUCCAUGGAUUCAGGCCAACAGGCUCCCCUCCCGUUUGGAUAGGGGACUUAGUAGAGGGUUUGCUCUCCGUAGAGGACAUGAACGUGGUUGUUGUUGAUUGGAAUCGAGGAGCUACAACGAUAUUAUACAACAGUGCUGCUGAUAAGACCAGAAAAGUAGCAACAGUCUUGAAGAAAUUUAUCGAUCACCUGUUGAUAAAAGGAGCAUCUCUUGACGACAUUUACAUGAUUGGAGUAAGUCUAGGAGCCCACAUAUCUGGGUUUGUUGGAGAGGAGUACAAUGGGAAGCUGGGGAGAAUUACAGGCCUCGACCCUGCUGGCCCUUUAUUCAACGGGAAACCGCCCGAGGACAGAUUAGAUCCCAGCGAUGCACAGUUCGUUGACGUCAUCCAUUCCGACAUUGAUGCACUAGGCUACAAGGAACCAUUAGGAAACAUAGACUUCUAUCCAAAUGGAGGAUUGGAUCAACCUGGUUGUCCCAAAACAAUAUUUGGAGGAAUGCAGUACUUUAAAUGUGACCACCAGAAGUCCGUGUACCUGUACCUCUCUUCCCUGACAGAGAACUGCACUGUCACUGCGUAUCCCUGCGACUCCUACCGGGAUUAUAGGAACGGCAAGUGUGUCAGCUGUGGCACACCACAAAAGGAGUCCUGUCCACUUCUGGGCUAUUAUGCUGAUAAUUGGAAAGACUAUCUAACGGAGAAAGACCCUCCUAUGACUAAAGCGUACUUUGACACAGCUGAGGAGAAACCGUUCUGCAUAUAUCAUUACUUUGUGGAUAUUAUAACUUGGAACAAGAACAUAAGAAGAGGGUCCAUUACAAUCAAAUUGAAAGACAAAGCUGGAAAUACCACAGAAUCCAAAAUUGAUCAUGAACCUGCAACAUUCCAGAAAUACCACCAAGUGAGUCUGCUUGCGAGGUUCAGUCGAGACCUGGAUAAAGUGGCAGCCAUUUCCCUGGUGUUCUCUACAGGAUCUGUAGUAGGCCCGAGGUACAAGCUCAGGAUUCUCCGAAUGAAGUUAAGGUCACUUGCCCAUCCGGAGAGGCCCCAGUUGUGUAGGUAUGACCUUGUUCUGAUGGAAAACAUUGAAACCGUCUUCCAACCUAUUCUUUGCCCAAAGUUGCAAUUGUAACUGUUGUCAGGACACAUGAGCACCAAGGAACAUCAAGAAAGCUAUGGCCGGCUUUCUGAGAGCUUCGCCUUCCUCACCGUCUCCUCCAGGCACAAAAAGUCCCUGUGGUUCCCCUCCGACUUGGCUGAGCUGCGGGAGCUCUCCGAGGUGCUUCGAGACUACCGGAGGGAGCACCAGGCCUACGUGUUCCUGCUCUUCUGCAGUGCCUACCUCUACAAACAGUGCUUUGCCAUCCCGG